CGAAUGAAUUCGUCAUGCGAAGUAAAUCUUUUGUUCGGGUUGUUUAAGCGUUAAUAUUUCGCAAACACCGUAAUAUGGAAUGUCAAUUUAAGGGUGGUUCAGAGUGUAAUCAGGGUUGAAAUUAAUUGUGUUUUAUAAAAUGUAGAAGAUGUUUCACUGGAUUAACAUACUUCCGAUUACAUAAAUUUCCAUAUAUGCAUGUAUUAUAUCACAUUUUAUAACGGACAUUUAAGAACAAGUGAUAUAAAAUGAAACAGGAGGUAUUUGUGAAGAGUGAUUAGUCAGUUUGUGCUGCAAAAAUUUACAUGAACAUUUUUUUAUGAUGAACCAUGUAACCAUGUAAAAUUUAUCAUUCGUGAAUUGUAAAGUUUAAGAAAUAUUAAAAAUAUAAAUAUUAGUAGGAAGUUAAAAAAAGACAUUAACGGAUAUAUUUAACUAAACAGGGUGUGGCAUCAGAAUUCAAGGAACUUUAUAUCUCUUUACAUUAUUUUACUAUUGAUAUUUUUACCUUAACAUUCCAAAUGAAGAUCGAAAUAUGGAUAUUUGUUUAUUGAAAUUUACAUGAAAGACAGUUAACUAACAAAUCAAUAAAGAUACCAGUGAUAAAGUCGGCUCAUUCUAAACAUUUAUUGCAUUUAUUGUUCAGUUAACUGUUUAAAGCAUUGGAAUCGAUCGCUUUUUCGUAAAGAAACACAAUGAUGGAUUUUAGAUUAUUUGUGAUACUUGCUACGCUGUUAACAGCCUGUGUGCAUGUUACCCAUGGACUUGCAUCAUCAGCAUGCUACGGUACAGAUCCAAGCUGUGAUUUUUACACGAUGCAAUGUGCGUCGCAACAAGUCAUCAGAGUACGCAACCUGUACGCCGGGUACAAGAAUACCACUUUAUAUCCGAUUUGCGGCACUGAACAACAUUGUUCGUCUUCCUCAAUUUGUUGUGCCCUGGGAGGAACCGAGAUAAGAGAAGAUUUUAAUCUAGAGAAUACAUACAAUACCUAUACGAACUGUUCUGGUAGACAGAGCUGUACAGCAAUCCAUGCCCCUUGGCAACAACUCCAAACAACCGUUAAUGGUUUUACCAUUUAUUCGUCGUUUGUUCAUCUGGAAUAUGACUGUCAAGAAGUAUCAUCAAAAAUACCAUUGUGUGGCGGAACUUCUACAACCAGCUACGCUGAGAUUAUGUUUGACGGAUCCAUGGAGAACUUUGAUCCUUUGAAGGCCAGCAAAGAAUGUCGGUGCAAUGUCACAAAUUUUGGAGAACAACAGAAUGUUAUACUUACAACCAUAGACGUACGACUGGAAAGCCAUUAUAAAAGAGAAAACCAAACGUCUGCCGAUUGCUCUUCAGCCUCGUUUACGUCAAACGUAAGAAGUGUAAAGUGUGUGAAGUCCGAUAUGCAUUAUGAAGAUAACUUUUUUUAUGAAAGCAGUGACGAUUCCCAGCAAACACUAAUUAUGGCACCAUGGAUGACGUCAGAUAUCAGAUUGACAGACAUACACGCAAACGGUGCACGGGACUCACCAGCUAUGGUCUGGAUUUCUUUAAAAGCUGAAGAAGGCAAAGCAUUUAGUAUAACUUGUGAGGAAGUAAUACCAGCACAAUUUACAACAACUACUACCUCAAGUACGACAAGCACUACAACUACAACCACGACUACCACUCCAAAACCGACAACCACCACUACGACAACGACUCCAAAACCGACAACUACUACUACGACUACGACUCCAAAACCGACAACAACUACUACGACUACGACUCCAAAACCGACAACUACUACGACAACGACUCCAAAGCCGACAACCACUACUACGACUACGACUCCAAAACCGACAACGACCACUACGACUACGACUCCAAAACUGACAACGACCACUACAACUACAACUCCAAAACUGACAACGACCACUACGACUACAACUCCAAAACCAAAAACGACGACCACGACAACGACCACUAAGACUACGACUCAAAAACAGACAACGACCACUACCACUGUGACUCCUAAACCGACAACAACCACUACGACUCCAACACCGACGACUAAACGUACAACUCCAAAACCGACAACGACCACUACGACUACGACUACUAAACUUUCAACGGCUACUACGACUCUAAAACCGACAGCGCCCCCUACUGCUAAAACUAAUAAACCGACAACGACAACUACGACAGAAAAAACAGUCACAAUUUCUACUUCACCACCAUUUGUUCCGUCUGGGGAUGGAGAAAGCGACAAAAAACAACAUACGGCAGUCUACCUUGCAAUAAUUAUCCCAAUAAUUGUGUGUCUGUUCUUCAUUACGGCGCUCUUGCUCUGGAUCUACUGGAAAAGGACGACGCCUAGAAGGAAGAAGUUCCAUUUUAUGAAAUCUACUCCUAGGUCUGAAGUUUAUAACACAUUUAGCAAUCCAAAGAUUCUGGACGAUUUUAUAAAGGACGUGGGUGUCGAAUCUAGAAGUUCUGUUACAGGGGAGAAACCACCUAUAUCCACAUUCAUUUCUGUUCCAAACCCUCAAAAGAGACCAAGAUCUAUUCUGUCAAAUGGUUCCACAUAUAGACAACAGCAAGCACCUGAGCCGUAUAUUAUACCAGUAAAUGUAACAAACGGUGACCCUUUGUAUACAACCCCGAGAAAACAGCCAUUUCAAAACGGGGUUCAUGUAAGAAUUAAUCAAGGUGAAAACGUCAAGGACAAUCCUGUUAUAAUUACGGAAACAGUCGAACCUGAGACAAGGCCACUUAAAGAGGUUGAAAGUCAACCAAAUGAGUCUGAUCAGCGUCAAAGUACGUUAAGAAAGAAACCAGACGACGACGGAGGAAUCCUUAUUCACGUAGACAAUCUAAGCCUUCCGCCAGUGUCCGCGAGGUCAACGAGUGCAGAUAGCUCCAGAAAUACGUCGUCAACGCGGAGCGAGAUCGGUUCCACCCCGGGUAACCUGACACCGGAAAGACGAAAUAGCGAGCCAGCAGUAAUAACACCUGAUUCUAUUGUUGAUAGACGUUCAGCAAGUGCAUACAUUCUUCCAGGGUCUUCUCCAGACGAUAGCUCAGUAUUGUUUGUGCCAUGAUACUGUAAGACAGAAAAUAAAUUUAAUAUAAUGUGAUACAAAGUGAAAAUAUGGUAGCGUCCUUGCAUUAAUUCUAAUCUUGGAAGGAUUAUACAGUGCAUUUUAAAUUUCACAGCAUUAGCAUUCGAUUGUUGCUAAUAUUAUUACUAAUUUGCAUUAGUCCACAAACAUGGUUGUAACAUGAUUAUAGAAGUUGCGAAAUUAGGAAGUACUUUGAAAAAGUAAUAAUAUCAUAAAGCAACUUAUCGUUUGCGUUUGUUUGGAAAAAAUACACACAUUUAUGCAACAAAGGCGAAAUAUUUACUACAUAAAUGCCUUUUACCAAACGUUCUGUCAUUAAUAUAUUAUCAUUUUGCCAUAUUUGCAUCGAAGAUUUUCACAAUAUAACAUGAUUUCUCAUAUCAUUUAAGGGACUUUUGAGUUCAUUAGCUUGUUUUGUUUCCAUGUCACUCGUCACAGUUAUCCGUAGCAAAAUGUUUUGUGAAAAAUCAAAAUGAAUAUACCACAUGAUAAUCA